GAGAAUUGAGAGUCAAUAAUCACUCAAUACAAUACAAAACCCCAAAUUCAGAAUUUACGAUUAUUUUCACUUCAUUUGAUUCCUUUUCUUUAUCUUAGGUCUCACACACUAGAUCCAUUUUUGAAGGAACUUCCACUUUUUCUCAGAGCUCUCUGUAAUAUGUUGUUAGAGUGAAUAGAGGGGAAAAUGGGAAAAUAUUUUUGAAGGAACUUCCCUUUUUCAAAGGUGAUGUAAUAAUUAUAAUAAUAAUAAGCCUUGCAGGAACUGUAAUGGCUCACAGCAGCUCUGAUGAGGAUACUGAUAUUAGUGAAUCUGAAAUUAGUGAGUAUGAAGAUAAAUCCUAUGAAGAACUGAAAAGUGGAAGCCAGGAUGUGAAAACAUCGGAUGAGACUUUCACUUGUCCCUACUGCCCUAAAAAGAGAAAACGGGAUUAUUUAUACAAGGAGCUCCUUCAACAUGCUUCUGGGGUGGGUCAGAGUAGUUCCCAAAAGAGAAAAGCAAGAGACAAGGCUAAUCAUUUGGCUUUACUGAAAUAUUUGGAAAAGGAUCUCAUGAAUGUAGAUGUUCCAUCAAAUGAUUCAAAACCUGAAGAUGAAAGUGAUCCUUCUGUUAAUUCUAAUGAUCAGUUUGUGUGGCCUUGGAUUGGAGUUGUAGUUAAUAUUCCAACUAGACGGACAGAAGAUGGACGCUGUGUUGGUGAGAGCGGUUCCAGGCUGAGGGAUGAGUACAGAAGCAGGGGUUUCAAUCCAUUUCGAGUCAAUCCUUUGUGGAAUUUCCGUGGCCACUCUGGAACUGCUCUUGUGGAAUUCAAUAAAAACUGGCCAGGCUUACAUAAUGCAUUGGCAUUUGAAAGAGCAUAUGAAUUAGAUCAUCAUGGAAAAAAGGAUUGGUUUACUAAUUCUGGGCUGAAGUCUGGCCUUUAUGCAUGGGUUGCCCGGGCAGAUGACUACAAGAUCAAUAGUAUCUAUGGAGAACAUCUGCGAAGGAUGGGCGAUGUCAAAACCAUAUCUGAGCUUAUGGAAGAAGAAGCUCGAAGGCAAGAUAAGCUUGUCUCGAAUUUAACUAACAUUAUUCAGGUAAAAAAUAAGCACUUAAAAGAGAUAGAAGUGAGAUGCCACGAGACUACAGACAAAAUGAACCUUGUUAUGAAGGAUAAAGAUCAACUCAUUCAAGCUUAUAAUGAAGAGAUACAGAAAAUACAGUUAAGUGCCAGGGAUCACUUCCAAAGGAUUUUUACUGACCAUGAAAAGCUCAAAUUGCAACUGGAAUCUCACAAAAAUGAGCUUGAGUUGCGGAAAGUUGAAUUGGAAAAACGCGAAGCACAUAACGAAAGUGAAAGGAAAAAGUUGGCAGAGGAAAUUGAGGAGAAUGCAUCGAAAAAUAGCUCUCUUCAGAUGGCUGCUUUAGAGCAAAUGAAAGCUGAUGAAAAUGUUAUGAAACUGGCUGAAGAUCAAAAGAGGCAAAAAGAACAACUCCAUGCUAAAAUCAUUCAGCUUCAAAAACAACUUGAUGUGAAACAAGAGCUGGAGUUGGAGAUUCAGCAAUUAAAAGGUUCAUUAAGUGUGUUGAAGCACAUGGAAGAUGACGAAGAUGCUGAAAUUCUGAACAAGGUAGAUACACUACAAAAGGAUUUAAGAGACAAGGAGCAGUCACUUCAAGACUUAGAUGCAUUGAACCAAACACUAAUCAUUAAAGAGCGCGAGAGUAAUGAUGAGCUGCAGGAAGCUCGACAGGCAUUGGUUGAUGCCAUUAAAGAGUUACAAUCUCAUGGAAAUAUUCGUUUGAAGAGAAUGGGGGAACUUGAUACUAGACCAUUCCUUGAAGCAAUGAAGCAAAGAUAUAAUGAGGAGGAUGCUGAAGAGAGAGCUUCAGAGCUGUGUUCAUUGUGGGAAGAAUAUCUAAAGGACCCAGAUUGGCAUCCAUUCAAAGUUAUCAUGGUUGAAGGAAAAGAAAAGGAAAUUAUUAGAGAUGACGAUGAAAAGCUGAAUGGGUUGAAAAAUGACUUGGGUGAAGGGGCAUAUAAAGCAGUGGUGGAAGCUUUGUUGGAAAUAAAUGAACAUAAUCCUAGUGGGCGAUACUUAACCUCGGUGUUAUGGAACUAUAAACAAGGAAGAAGAGCAACUCUGAAAGAAGGAGUACAAUUUAUAUCGAAUCAAUGGAAAGUCCUUAAACGCAAGAAGGGAAUGACAUGAAGGUUUGUUUAUAAGUAUAUUAGGUUGAUGUUGGUUUUGGCGAGAGAAUUAUGCAUUGCAGCCUGGUAGCAUGCAUCCGUAUUGGGAGAGCAGCAAACCUAGCGGUUGUGUUUUAGGUUAAGUGAUUUAUGAUAAUGUCAAGCUAUUUAAUUUCACUUGGCACUUUGUAAUCUUGUGUGGCAGAAGACAUUGAAGUUAAACUUGUAUAUGACUAUAUCAUUUGGCUUUUAAUUUUAACAUGCUUCUUUGAGUAA